AUGGUGCUGGAAGCUCUCGUGGCUAUCAGCCUGACAGGGAACAUCGUCCAACUUGUCCACUUCAGCUGUUCCUUGUUUUCAAAAUGCCAGGAGAUUUAUUGUUCAGCCUCGGGGUCGACUUCUGAAAUCGAUGAACUCCAAAAUACCGCAGAACAGCUCAGUAAAUUCAGCUCCAACAUCGGCAGGGCACUUGCGAAUCAACAAGGAGCGCAAGGCGGAACUGGUGGAGCUUCCACUGACCCCGAGCUGGUCAUAUUAGCAAGGCAUUGCCAGUCGGUAGCCUCUGAAAUCCUCUCCGCUCUGAAAAAGGUCCGAAGUCAGAAAGGUCCAGGAGGCCCUCUAAACAUUCCCGGAGGACCUCGACAAGACUCUAAGGCCUCCCGAAAAUGGCGGAGUGUCCAUACGGCCUUGAAGAGCGUAUGGAAGGAAGACCGCAUUCUGGAUUUGCAGAGGAGGCUGGACCAAUUGCGUAGCCAGAUCAUGUUUUACAUGGUGUCUAAAGUUAGUGUUCAGCAAAACCUCCUCUCUGAAACGCUGGAUAUUCGAUCAAAAGAGAGGAACGCACAAAAUUCCGACAUAAGCAAAAGUAUUGAGGACUUGGCCAAGAAAUUAGAUUCAAUCCAAGUAUCAAUAGUGGCCGGUCAAGAUGAUGCUUCACUAGAGGACCUUAGAUGUCAAUUCGAGAUUCUUUCAUCUACGGUCCAUGAGAUUCGUAGGAGUCACAUGAUUCUCGAUAGUCUACGCUUUGAAAACAUGCGGGUCCGGCAUUCCGCUAUUGCCGAGGCCUAUAAGCAGACAUACGAAUGGGUUUCGAGACCUACAGAGCUGCCUGAGUAUGAUCCGCGCAAAAAAAUCAAUUUCCUGGAUUGGCUGCGACAUGAGAACGGAAUUUUUUGGAUAACCGGAAAACCUGGUUCUGGAAAAUCAACUUUGAUGAGGUUCCUUGAGGAUCAUGAUGGUAUGAGUCGCGCACUGGAGGAGUGGACGUGUACAACUCCUUUGGUGAAGGGAAGCUUCUACUUCUGGGGCCCUGGUACGGAGAUGCAAAAGUCGUUGCAAGGUCUACUUCAAUCUCUUCUUUACAGUGUCCUAACGGCAUGUCCUGAGCUUAUCCCAACCAUCUGUGAAACCCGGUGGGCAUGCCAUAAAUAUUCGACCGCACCAGCUGAUUCCUGGGAAGAAAAAGAUCUUCGGGAGUGCUUUUCAAAGUUGAGGAAGAAGGAGUAUGUUAACAUGAACUUCUUCUUUCAGAUAGACGGUCUUGACGAGUAUAACGGAGACCACGAGGAUUUCAUUUAUAUCUUGGAAGACCUCGCUUCGUCUCCCAAUAUCAAACUCUGUCUAUCUAGCCGCCCUUGGAAUUGUUUUGAGUCGGCAUUCGGAUCAUCGGAUGCACGAAAACUUUACCUUCACACCUUGACGGCGGCGGAUAUCCAGUUGUUUGCUGAGGAACGACUACUAGACCAAACCAGAAGAGUGGGUCUUCCACUUACAGACGUUGAUUACCAAAGUCUUGUCACCAAGAUUAUAGCAAGAGCGAAGGGUGUAUUCCUUUGGGUCCGCUUGGUUGUACAUUCUCUUCGGGACGGUAUGAUGAACGCAGAUACUGUAGCUGUCCUCGAGGAGAGAUUGGCAUCCUUGCCCACAGACCUUGAACUUUUCUUUGAGCAUAUUAUCAACUCCGUGCACUCCGUCUAUAAAACCCGAAUGGCGACUAUCCUUUUGUACGGCCCGUUGGAAGCCCUGCUCAGAGCCCAGGAACCUCUUAACACUAUUCACUAUUCAUUCCUCGAAGAAGACGAUCCGGAAGCUGGCCUAGAGCUUGACUUCACUCCAUUUGAUGAAGGACAGCUUCAAACUCACAUUUCAAAAACUUGGACCCGUCUAAAUGGUCGCUACAAGGGACUCUUGGAGCCACCGGGCGGUUUUGGAGAUAAUGCUAUUCAUAUUGGACGAGUGGACUACAUCAGGUACAGGCUCGUCGAAAAGGGCUAUAAGGAGGAUCUUGAUUCUCUGCUCUUCCAUGCUCUCACCGGCGCCAAUCCAAACGCUAUUUUUCCGAAUCUUAAAGGGCCAUUCGAUGUGCCCAUAUGGGAAGUUUUCCUACGCCAAACUACUCUCACGUCCGAAGUAUAUCAUUUGGGGGGCGAAUGGCAUCGAGUACUCGAACUCCUAUUUCAGAAUGGUGCCUCUGUACAACAUGACACUACCGCCUGGCCCGAUUUUGUUGAGUCAUUAGCAAAGACUAUCGGGGACAACAGUCUCGGAGACACUGCCCAGAUGUUUGAAACAUGUUUUAGGCUCGGAAUAAAACCAUAUAUUCGCAUCCGCGAUUUGAGCCUCUUUAGUUACCUCUUGAGGGGAAUUACCUCAUUCGUAUUUUCUCAUAAUCAAAAAGGACAACAAUUACUGGAGUUAUUCCUCCGCCAUGGCGCCAAUAUCAACGACAUUUUCAUUUUCCUAGGCCCGGGCCGAACUAGCUGGGUCCACGCCACCUUCGACCAUAUUCGAACAUUUGUCGCAGUGACAGACUUACUCCUCGAUUUCCAAAUCAUGUUAAAACAUGGCUUGAACCCAAAUACGCACAUGGACGGCCAAACUCUAUGGCAACAUCUACUAAACGCAAUGUCGGAUGGACUUCGGUGCGGUAAUUUUUGGAAACAGAAGUGCAAAACAUAUGGAGAGAUUAUGUCUUUGUUUUUGCAAUACGGUGCGGAUCCA